AAAAAAGAAGAAGAUGAUAUUCCACUUUGUUCCCUAAAAAAAGUCACCUUUAGAAAAUGUUUUGUCAAAAUGUAAACAUGUGGGGAAUUUUGAAAAAAAAAUUUUAUGUGGUAAGUUGUAACAAAAUAUUUUUUUAUAAUAAAAUAUUAUUGUACUGCGGGCGUUUAAGGGUUUUUGGUGUAAAAGGUAAAGGGAAGCCGAAGAAAAAAGGUUUAACGGCGCCGGAGAGGGGGUGGGAGAUGAGUGGGGCUGGAGUGCCUGACUUCUUCUACAGAGAAGCUCAACGUCUUGGCUAUGUCGCUCGUUCCGCUUUCAAGCUUCUACAGAUUCAAAAGCAGUACAAGCUCAUCAAACCAGGCUCCUCUGUUCUUGACUUAGGUUGUGCCCCUGGUGCUUGGCUUCAGGUUGCUUGUCAAAGCUUAGGUCCGCUUAGAAGUGGUGGAAACGUCGUUGGUAUGGAUAUAAAGAAGGUGAAGGUUCCUCCACUGUGUGAUGCUCGAGUGCAGACCAUUAGCGCCGAUGUUUUAAACUUCCCCAGACAAAAGAUUAGAGAGUUAUCUCCUCAGCAUAUGGGGUUCUCAGUGGUUCUAUCAGAUAUGUGUCACUCAGUAACUGGAAUUACCAGUAGAGAUGCAGCUCUCUCUGCUGAACUGGGAAUGCGAGCCCUUAAUUUGGCUGUUGGUCAAGCUGCCAUCUCUAAGUCACUCGAUGAUGAUGAUGAUGAAGGAGGUGAUGAGGAGAGUCGUGUUGGUGUGCUUAGGCAUGGAGGUCAUCUUGUCAUCAAGCUUCUUGAAAGCGAGGAUGCUCAAGAUUUUGCGAGGAUAUGCAAGCCAAUCUUUAACAAGGCAUCUUGGUUGAGGCCAAAAGCUACAAGACCAUCAUCUCGAGAGAUCUACUUGAUUUGCCAGGGCUUUCGUUCAUAAAGAAAAAAGCCUUUCAUAUACUACAAUGAAGACUCAACUACAUUUUUUUUAAUGUAGUUUAUAAAGGAUCAGAAAAAAAUAAUAUAAAGCAGCAUCCAGAUUU